UUUUUAGCUAUGUUUUCGACUUGAAGAUUUCCAUAAAGAACAUUAUGGUUCAACUACUGAAUUCCAUCACAUUCAUCAUCUGUCUUGCACCACUUAUUCUCUGCAUUUCAAAUGCUGCUGAGAGGAGACACGAGAUAGAUGUUGCUCAUGGAGAUGAAGAUAUUUUUAGAAACACACCUCCACCUCUACCACCACCGUCUUCGCCCUCCAAAAUCGAUAUCUAUGUCCAUGAUUGGAUAAGAAAAGUUCUUGAAGCGAAUGAAACAGAAUCACCCGCUGAUGUUCAGAAAGAUGGAAAUUAUCCUCCUAUAACAAAAGAUUUUUAUCAAGUCGGAAUGAAAUGGAUCAUCAAGAAAUAUUGCCUCAAUGUGAGUUCAGAAAACGCUUGUAUGCAAGUUGUUUUGAAGCCUCAUGUGUAUGAAGAAAUUCCAUUAAAGUUUCGGUUAUUUAGAAAAGGCAUUGAUCCCGAUUCAAAUGUUAAUGGUUUAGAUGAAAAGGAAGUCCUUAAAGGUUACAGUGCUAAAAAACUUAAGAAUAAGUACUUCAAAGAUGAGAAGAAUUACAAAAACCGCAAUGCCUUUGAUCAAUUUUAUAAAUAUCUCAUUAAGAGGAAAAAGAAAUUACUGUCUUCAUCUAAGAAUACUAAAAGUGAAAAUUUCAUCGAGAUAGUUACUGAGCAGAGUUCCCUUGGAGCAUUCAGCAACUCCUCUCUAGAACAAGCAUUAAAAAAUCUAAAAAGAAAAGGAGAGAUUAAAGAAACAGAUAAAAAGAAGGCACCCACUUUUUUGGAAAAGUCUGAGUAUAGACCAGGGAUAGAUCAGUCAAAGAAAAUCGUCUAUGAAUUUCUUGAAAAAGUAAAUGGUGAAACGGAUAAUAAAGAUGAUGCUAUGAUAUUUGAAAGAAAGGAAAAGAAGGAGCAAAAUGAAAUUAAAGAAAGAAAUAAGAGAUCAGCAAAGAAUAAAAAAGGAAAAAAUAUCAAAGAAACUACCCCUCUUAAUAAGAAAAAAAAUUUAAAAAGGUCCGAAGAAGAGGAUUAUGAUGACAACGACGAUGAGGAUGAUGAUAAUGAUGAUGGACUUGAUUAUGAUGAUGAUAAAAAGGAAGUAAAGUAUGAUGACGACGACGACGAUGAUGAUGAUGAUGAAGGUAAUGAAGAAGAUGAUGAUGAUGAAGAUGACGAUGAUGAAGGAGAUGCAAAUGAUCAGGAAGGCAUGCCAAAUGAUUAUAGAUUUUAUAGAGAUAAUGAAGAAUUCGAUUCAAGUGCGGAUGAUUCAAGUGCACAUGAUUCAAAGGAUCAUGAUAAAUAUGAGACGGGUAUGCACGAUCCAAGCGUACACGAGCCAAAUGCAGGCAUACCAGAUGUAUACGAUCCGAGGGAACACGAGCUAGUAACUUUACCAGAUGUAUACGAUCCGAGGGAACACGAGCUAGUACCUUUACCAGAUGUAUACGAUCCGAGGGAACACGAGCUAGUACAUUUACCAGAGGUAUACGAUCCGAGGGAACACGAGCUAGUAACUUUACCAGAUGUAUACGAUCCGAGGGAACACGAGCAAGUACAUUUGCCAGAGGUAUACGAUCCGAGGGAACACGAGCUAGUACCUUUACCAGAUGUAUACGAUCCAAAUGCACAAGAGUCGCCUUCACAGGAUCAACCUGAAGUUUCAGAGUAUACAAGUGUUCAAGAUUGGAAUAGGUGCCAAUUACCUUCUCCUCGUAAAACUUCGGAGGUAUUGUGCAAAGUACUACCGCAGAAAAUGAUUUGCAAACUAUACUGCAUUCACGGACAUACUUUUCCAGAAGGCAUUACCAGAGAAACCGUUUGUGAGCUUAAAAAAGGUGUUUGGUCAAAGAAAUUCGAUGAAUGUCUGCCUUUUGUGGACUGCACAUUAAAGCUGAAAACUGCUGGAUAUCUGAAAUGUACCACUAACACCGUUCAGACAGGACCAAGAUGUCAAGUAGAAUGCCAGAGGUAUGCUACGAAGCCGGCGGUCAGCAAAAAGACUCAUCAGUGUGAUGUAACUGGGAGAUGGAAUCCGCCCUUACCACAUUGUGUAGAACGUGAAGGAAUUGAUGUUGUACAACCUCCACCUAAUAUGUCCCUUAGAAGUAUGGACUACCCAUAAUGAUGUUGCAGAAAAAGUACAACCUUCUGGUGUGAUGUAAUGGAGAAUGACUAAAGCAAUAUGAUUAUUUAAUAAUAUUAAAAUCUUGU